GUUCCUGAAGGCCAAGUAGUCAUGGUUGCCCACGAGAAAAAGUCAAACAGAUGAGUAAACUCUUCUUCCCCAACUGUGCGUUGACCAGCCAACGUGAGUGGCAGCCUUCCUGGGCUGUCUCUACUACGUGCUUGUGUUCUCCAGGGCAGCUGGUUCUUGUGGGGGCUGCUCUCCAGAACACUGCCUUUGGAACCUCCGUUCCUAAAACAAAGGCCAGCAGUCUCUUUUACAAUCUAAUUUCCUUGCAGUCAUUACUGAUGGAAUUGCUCCGCCACAAAGGAUGCAUUUCCCACCCGAGAAGAUUUCUGUGGCUUGGCGGCAAAGGCAAAGCGUUGGAGCUGGACUCCGCAACCUGGGCAAUACGUGUUUCCUCAACUCUGUUCUACAGUGUUUGACCUACACGCCCCCUCUGGCCAAUUACCUGCUUUCUGGGGAACACAGCCAGUCGUGUCGUGAGCAAGGCUUCUGCAUGCUGUGUACGAUGGAAGCUCACGUUAAGCAUGUCCUGUUCUGCUCUGACAAUGCCGUCGAGCCUACGGCUGUCUUCAGUGACCUUAGACGAAUAGGGGAGCAUUUCUGUUUUGGCAGACAGGAAGAUGCUCACGAAUUCUUAUGUUACACCGUGGCUGCUAUGCAGACUGCUUGCUUGAAUGGAAGCACCAGCUUGGACACGUCGUCGCAAGCCACCACGGUCAUUCACCAAAUAUUUGGAGGAUUCCUAAGAUCCAGAGUAACGUGCUUGAGCUGCCAAGCAGUUUCAGAGUCCUAUGAGGCCUUCCUCGAUAUCCCGUUGGAGAAGCAGAAGUUACCCUUUGCUUUGCUUCAGAAAGACAAACGAGACGAGGAGACGCAGCUCUGGGUUGUGCAGCUAAUGAACCCUGAAGUCACCCAAAGCUUGGAAAAGAGUACCUUUGCUUCUCAGAGCGGAAUCUGUGUCAUUCUGUUCAGCUAG